AUGAUUCAUGCAAUAUUUGGCAUAGCGGUGUACUCGCGGGUCGGUAGAGUGUGCCAGCACGACAAGGGCGGACCUCAUGCGUUCAGCGACAGAUGGACGAGCUUCCUGAAAGCGAGGCUCAACUGUUCCGUGCCCGGCGAAUACCCUUUCUAUUUCAAUGAAAUACAAUCAACGAGCGAUGUCACGGAAGGUGUUUACGCGGGCGAACGAGACCGUUUGGUGUACGGGGUCUUCACGACGCCGGUGAACUCGAUCGGCGGCUCGGCCGUGUGCGCGUUCUCCAUGAAGAGCAUCCUGAAAGUCUUCCAGAGCGCGUUUAAGGAACAAGAAACCAUAAACAGCAACUGGCUGCGCGUACUUCCGGAGAAGGUACCCGAGCCGAGGCCCGGUGCUUGCGUCAACGACUCCAGAACGCUUCCGGAUGUGACUGUGAACUUUGUCAAAGCUCAUCCGCUUAUGGACGACGCGGUGCAAUCGUUCUUCUCAUUACCUGUGAUAACCAAAAUCAGCUUCAAUUACAGAUUCACCAAAGUCGCCGUGGAUUCCCAAGUGAAGGCAUUGGACGGGAAGGCCUACGACAUUCUCUACAUCGGCACAGACGACGGCCGGGUUCUCAAAGCACUGAACACUCGGGCGCCAGAUUCCCUGAGCAACGUUAGCCAGGUCAUUGUCAGCGACGUUCAAGUGCUCAAGUACGGACAAGCGAUCAAGGAUCUGUUGGUGGUCCACCUGGCCGGCGAGGCGAGCAAGCUGGUCGUGUUCGCUGACUCCGAGAUCCGCGCCGUACCUCUUCACCACUGCGACGCACCAGCUGCCUCCGCUUGUGGUGCCUGCGUCGGCCUUCAGGACCCGCAUUGCGCCUGGGACGCAACGAAGAACCUCUGCGUGGCCGUUUCGACGAAACUGCACGACAGCGACGCAGACAAGACCCUGUUUCAGGACAUCGUCAAUGGGAAACACAAGGGUUGCGGCUACGAGCAAGAGAUGGCGAAGCCCGUGCAACCGGCGGUGCUGCCCGAAAACGGGCGAGGCGAGCAGCCCGAUGAACGGGACAAUGAAAUCGUCAUCGAGCUGGAUCGGGAAAAUCAGUAUGGUCGUACGCAGCCAAGAGCUAACGAGCCUCAAGACGUGAUGGUUUAUUCAACGCCAGUGGUGUACUCGGCCCAGACGUUGACGGGUGCUCUGAUAGGAACCUGCUUCUUCUCCCUGGUAGCCGGUUUCGCGUCCGGCUUCUGGUUCUCGCAGAGGCUGCGAGGCCCCCCGUACCCGGAACCGUCGGAGCAGAGGCAACAGCUCAAUCGGCUGACGGAGAGCUCCGAGUCGCCGGGCUUCAACAACAAGUCAAUCAACCUGGUGCUGAACGUGCCGCCGAAGAAUCCAAACGGGAAGAACGCGAACUCGUCGGCGGAGAACAAACCCGUGCAGAAGGACCCGACGGGUUCCGGCUCUUCAUCUUCCUCCUCUUCCUCCGACCUCGCGGAAUCAGACGAUCGUAACGACGACGACGAAGACGACGACGAUCAUGCGGACAACGGCGACGAGGAGAACGAUCCCAGUAUGCUCGAUCAUCGGUUGACUGACGAUCAGGACGACGAGGACGCGUACGAGAGCGUAGCCAGUGAGGAGAGGCCAUUGGAGUUCCUCGCCACGGCUAGGGAGCCGGCCUACGAUUCUCGUUCGAUGCCGCAAGUCGCCGAUUACGGCAGGCGAUACGAGCACCGGUUCCCCCAGCGGGAAUACACGGAGACCACGUUGACCGAGCCGGUGAAUCAGGAUUACAGCAGCAGCAGCGCCAACAGCCUCGACGACCUGUGCCGAGCGGGGCAUAGGCGCCGAACGAGCGACUUGGCACGCGAGGACGAGGAUAUCACCCGGGACCAUUAUAUGGUGCCCACCUGCGACCCCCGGGAGCUGAACGAGAGGAUCCUGUCGCUGUUCAACCCACAGUUCCUGCCGAACUUUAACGACAUGAUUAUGUACGUGGCAAAUCAGUACGACGCGAGACGCAGCCCGCCGCCGAGGUCGAGGUCGAUCGCCGAAGGCGAGGGUCGACUGUUCAGGAGCUCGAGCUACAGGAAGAAGCGCGUCGCCGCAAGCUCGAUGUUCUUCCGCCGCGGAGUGGCGUACGAAACGGCGCGGAAGUGACACCGGCUGUCCCCGUUCGGAUUUAAACGGAGGAUACGACGCUGGGUGAACCGGGUAACACGCGACAAAUAAAUAAAAGACUGUCGGUUUCGUGUUCGACGGAGAUCGGUCUCGAUACGGUGGGACGAUUGCCAGAUUCUCCUUCGAGAUUGUCAUGGAGGAUAUUUGUCAGAGCCCUGUUUUCCGUGUAGCUGACCACGAUUGUGCACCUAGUGCCGGGUUACAUGAAAGAUCGCGGAUUUGUUUUAUCGGCGUCGUUAUCGUCGAACGACCGGUUCCGCUGCGCUGUCCACGUGCUUCCGGUGUCACGUAUCGCAUCCAUCGUCCGACGCGCACCGCGAGAACAGAGAACGCGCGCGGCUCUGGGAACUAUUUUUUUAAAAUAUAAUCGCUAUCCUGCGCGAUGCCACUUUAGCGCGAGGCAUCCGACUGGAACUUUGGGCUAAUUUUGUAUUCGGAACCUCGAAUCGUUUUUCGAGUUCUUCCUUUCCGUUUCUCACCAGUACGGCAAUGGCGGGAUGUGAGACGAAGCGAAGAAAGGGGAGGAGGAGGCGCGAGGGAAAAUGAAGCGAAGCGACAACGACGAAAUGUAAAAUCAGACUCGUAGCUGUGUAAUGUGAUACGAUCUGAGGAAAGACUGUGUUCGUAGCAGUGACCUGCUUAGGUGCUUAGGAACCGCGGUGAUUCAAGGACGAAGACGAGUGCGUUCCAUCGCACGAGGACUUCCGCUUCUCGAACUCGACGGCCAGAGGGAAUGAUCGAUGAAUAAAAAUUUUUAGCCUAACUGGAUUCGUUUUACAGAAAGGGAGAAGCUUGCUUCGAGUUCGCUUUGUCCGCUAUCCUCGAGGGAAAGUUGAAAAUAAUUAAAUUGGAGGGAGGAGAAUUUUCAAAGCAAGUGGAUUUUCUGAAGAGGCAGGGGGCGGAAAGUUUGAGAAACGCAGGGUCCCGUGGACGGAACGCUUGAAAGCAUUCGUGCGAGGCGAGGCGUGCCUUCCGUAUAUUAAUUGUUGGCAAAUUUCUGAUCUAUAAAACACGGGAACGGGAGAAUGCUGGGCCGGUAUCGAUUCGGGCAAGUGCCUCAUUUAUGCAUUUCGUUUAAAACAAAAAAAAGAGAGAGAGAAUGAAUAAGAGAGAAGGGACGCGAUGCUGUAGUAAGUGAAAGAGACAGGGUGAAAGAGAGAGAGCGAAAGAGAGAGAGAGAGAUAUAGAGACUUAUGUAAGACUUAGUCCCAAGUAUUGUUGUGCACUUAUUGCCGUGCUGUGAGUAUUGGUUAUUAGCAAGAGAAUGGUGACGUUCAGACACGUUGAUGAAAAUUAAAAGAAAAAAAAAACAGAAGGAAACGUUUAACAUCGCGCCGUGUGUGCGGUGUCUUCGAGGAGAGAUUCACGUACUUGUAUUUUUCGCUGAGACACGUUAAAUCGCUUUAAGAAUGCAGUAUGAAACUGCAAUUCUUCUUCCUUCUUUUUCAUUUUUUAAACUAAACGAAACGCGACAUUGCAUCGCGAACGAAUCGCUACAAUGCGAUUAUCCAAAUAUGCGUGAUAUCCUCCUUCGUGUAAAAAUUUCGAUACUCAAACCAUAAUAACAAUUUUUAUACACUCUAGAAGUGAUAUCUAUGAAGUAGAAGAAAGUAAUUUUCUCUUAACGAACACGUUUAUUUAGUUCUUAUUACAUAUUAUUUUCUAUAUAAAAACGACUAUAUAGAAAAUGUUAUUUUCCUCUAUUAACUAAUAGUGUCGCGAUUUAUCACGAAGCUUGUUUUUCUAAAUAUUUUUCAAUUAUGUACAUAUGUACAUAUUGACUAUGCUAUGCUACGCUGUACUGUACUCCUAAUCAAAUCUAACGGCAAAGGCAGAAUAUACCUUCGUAGAGGAGCGAAUAGAGAGACACUAUUUACGUAGAGAAAUAUUCGAUAAACUUCGACUAACAAAGAUUCUGCUAUAUUAGGAAGAGAAUGUAAUUUUAAAACGAAUUUCAUCGAACGGCCGAGUUCUAUUAAAAGCUCGCCAGGAGAAGCGGAUUUAGAACACGUUUCGCGAAAAUCGAUUCACGAAUCAAACCAAUAUAAAUAUCGGAGGAGAGGGAUAAACGCAUUCAAGCGAUUCGUUUUUCAGUCUGGUACCCCUUGGACUGCCGGUACUUCGUGUUACCCGACAACUUUAGCGAGAACUUGACAGACAGUUCUCUCCAAGACUUGGUAUCUUCGAAAGAAGCUCGAGAGACAGGAAAGGGCCUGAAAGUAGAAGAGUAGGUCUUAUUGGCGUGUUUGGCAAAAUGCCUUUGACAAUGGCGUAAAUCGGUGUUAUCAGCGUACAAUAGCGAACACUGGGCGUAUUUCCUUUACAGCUUAACCGCGGAUAGAGUGCCUGCAAGAACCUGCGGCUAACGUUUGUCCCAGAUAUACAUCGGCGGGGAGAACAAAGAAGAAGGGGACGUGGUCGUGGAGCCACGAAAGUGGAACGAUUCAAUUUUCUUCUCGAUCGCGAAAAUAUUCGUUAACUAGAAUCGGGCUCAAUCCCUUGCCUUAUGAUUUUUCUAUUGUUUGAUUGUUUGAUCGUAAAACAAAUGAGUAAUUGUGUAAUAUAGUUUUAAUUAAUGUGCAAUAUCUGUAUUAGCAUUGAAUUGAAACUAAUCUUAUAUGAAUUUGAAAUCUAUAUCGAGCGCGACUCAAUGAAGUACUUAAUCAGAGGCAAGCGAUUAGCCGAAGCGUGUUUGUUUAAAAAAACAUUAGGAUGGUUAGAUUGUUAGAGAUUAUCGGCUUUCAUUCGAGAGACGUUGUUAGAGAUAUUAUAUAACCGAAUCGACUCGAUCAUUGGAUAAACGUUCAGCCGCUCUCAAGUGAACGAACACUGCCGCGUCAAUUCUAACUUCGCACCGAACAAACGAGUGAAAAUGAAUUUUACAUAAGCCAUUAUCGAUUUUCACUGAUUGUCAUCGAGCGGUAAUAAGAACGGUACACAAGAAACAGGAGGAAAGAAUAGUUUCGGAGAAGAAGGCUUAACGCAAACGGUAAAAGCGUAAUAGAAAACUUAACGGAGAGUCAUCCGAUGAGGAGGCACGGUCUGAAUAAUUUGAAAAUCGAACGACGUUGCGUGCUGGAAGAAAGGAGAAAGUCGUUGUACAUAGGAAUAAUGAUAAUUAGAGAUUGUUUUUUAUCAUUCAAUUCAUUUCAGGCAGUAUCAACAGUAAAUUCAUUCGUUACGCUACUCGUCACGCGGACAGCAGUAGUACGCAUCGAUAAAUAAUUACCGUUCACGAGUACACGUGUUAUUCGUGUACGGGUAAACGCGCGUCGCAUUUUCAUUAGUACAUAUACACACACGUACACAUAUAAAUAUAUAUACACACGCAUAUUAUACAAGAAAAAUUAUAUAUAUAUAUACAUCUAUUUUUUUUUUAAUCCGCAUAUAGAUAAAAAUAUACUCUUACUAUAUGAACACGUGAACGAGAGUGAGUCAGCGUGAGAGUGAGAGGGAGUGAAUGAAAAACGCGCUAAACAAGAGAGGCAGCUAAUUACAACACUUUUUUCGGUGGCACUUUGUGAAAGUCCGCUAUCUUUUUUAAUUAAAAUUCAUCCGGGCACCCUGCAGUUAGAGACGGUCUCUCGUUAACGUUCGUCUUCGACAAACCAACAACCACAGUGAUGGGUGUUCGGUGAAAAAAAAAAUAUUUUACAAAAAAUACGAUGUUUAUAUUAUACAAA